ACCCAGAGACUGUCAUGGAGAGGGAGGAGGAGGCGGCGGCGGUGAAGGGAGGCGUUUUGGGCCGCCUCCGGGGACCGCUGUGCCAUUCCUGAACUGGUCCCUCGUCCCCGUGACUGUGGCAUCCGGGAGGCGAGCUGUUAGGCAAGAGAAGGAGGCAGUCAGAACCAUAUCUCCUUCUUCCCCCGGGGCGGGGGCCGGACCGGGCCAGGCCGGCUGAACCAGGGGAGGACCCGGGGAAGGAGCGCCGGGCCGGCCGGCUUGUCGGCCGAGAUGGAUGACAGUAAGGUGGGUGGAGGCAAAGUAAAGAAGCCUGGUAAACGUGGUCGGAAGCCAGCCAAAAUCGACCUGAAGGCAAAACUUGAGAGGAGCCGGCAGAGUGCGAGAGAAUGCCGGGCCAGAAAAAAGCUGAGAUAUCAGUAUUUGGAAGAGCUGGUAUCCAGUCGAGAAAGAGCCAUAUGUGCACUCCGAGAGGAACUGGAAAUGUAUAAGCAGUGGUGCAUGGCAAUGGACCAAGGAAAAAUCCCUUCUGAAAUAAAGGCCCUACUCACUGGAGAAGAGCAGAGCAAAUCUCAGCAGAACUCAAGCAGGCACAUGAAGGCUGGGAAGACAGAAGCUAAUAACAAUUCUUGGUGAAGAUGAUGUAAAAAGAGGAAUCAGUGAUUGAAACCAAUAUUCUGUUUCCCAUGGAGGAUGAAUGGGCAAGAUUAUACUUCAUGGCUGUUUACUACCUACUGCUCAGUAGUCAUCUCUGUAAAUCUGCAAAAUGUGUCUACCAAAAUGUGUGAUCAUAGGUCUCAAAGGAUCUUGCUUUAACCUUCAACACUUAGAAAAUUUUCAAACAUUCAGACCUGUUCUUGUUAGUGUUACCACCAUGGCAUUUAACAUGUUGUGAUGCUUGAAAACACAGGACUAAAGAAAAAUGGGUUGAAGAUUGUAUUUUUGCACCUUAACUCCACAUUGCUUUGUUGGUUAUUUAUAUUCUUUCCAUGUAAUUCAUGUAAUUGUGUGUAUGUGUGUGUCUGGUUGGUGUUACCUCCUUUCAUGUUUUUGACUGCUCUAUAAAGAGAAACCAAAUGGGCUGAUUACUGACUGCAAGUUCGCAGCCUUUAUGGACCUAAUCUUAUUUCUUUAUAUUUACUUGAGUAAUGUAUACUUCCUGCAUGAACCAUGAUUUCUCCUGUAAGCCAUUCCAGCAUAAGCUGUGAAUAUGUAUUAACAAAUAUAUACAUUUCUAUUUUUAUAAUCCAUAAUGGUAUGCCUGUAUUAAAUAACAUACAUGUUAGCAGAAUUCAUCAGGAAAGCCCUCAAGACAGCUUUCAUUUAAAACCUUUGUUGCUGUCUUCUUAUAAAAGUUUGCUAGGGCCUAAUCCAUCCUUGGAGAAUAGUCAAAUUUUAUUUUUAAGCAAGAAGUAACCUUUCAGGCAUUUCAGCAGCGUACAUCAUCUAGACAACUCAAAAUACGUAUGUACAGGCAGUCCGCAGGUUACUAACCUACAACCUAGGGGCAACUGGGACUUAAGAACAGACUGCCAGAAAGCCUAUUAUAUUAAAAGUUUGAGUUAAAUACCUACAAUGAUUCGUAAUAAUGAACGCACUACUUGUGACGCUCAUGAAAACAUUGCUCAGUUUGGAAGUGUUUCUUACGUGUUUUGUAUGCAUAGAAAGGUAAAAUAUGUCCUGUAUAGUAAGAAACAUUGGACUAACUAAACGAAGUAAGGACCAUAUGUACCUGUUCCAGCUUACCUACAAAUUCGACUUAAAGACAGACUUAGGAACGGAUCUCAUUCGUAACCUGGGGACUGCCUGUAUGUUUUUUUUUUUUUUUUUUGUAUGUGUAUGUGGGGAGGGCAGGAUUGAAUGUUCAUACAUAUUUUUUGUGUGUGUAUUCGACUAACUCAGAAUUUUUCUGAAUAGGAUGAAACUAGCUGCUGAGAGAGAGUUUCUGCAUCGAGAGAUCUGGAACAAAAUGAGGACAAGUUGCUAGUAGAUCUGAUGACUGUAGCUGUAACCAGAACACUUAGUUUCCUUGCUGACGUGAGUGUCCAUAUGAAUGUGUUCUGAGCCAGAAAGAAACACACUAGGGUGUGCAUCUGGUUCAGCCCUUGCCAUGCCUCCACUGUGGAGUUUAGCAGGAGUGCUGGAGUUGGGCACAGCACCACAGUGAGUGGGCCUGGCAGGACGUGCAGAGGGACAGAGUAUCCCCCGGUUCCCAUCACAGAUACAUUUGCUUUCUUCCUGACUACCAAAUGGAGUGAGGCUUGAGGAAUCAGGCUUGUCAUAUGACACACAAAUAGACCUAGAAAUCUUUUGAUUUCCCCAUUAAGACACUAUCACUGCCUCUUUUCCAUAGUUAAAUCAGAAGUUGUGUUCUCUGUUGCUGCUAAAUUGUAAUUGUUCUUCACUCUAAUGAAGCAAAUAUUUGGCUUCCAAGCAAACUGUGUUUUGUUAUGAACUGGCAGUUUAUAAGGAGGCAUCAUAGUCUGGAUUGUGAGGUCGAACAUAAAAUGGACCACAUAGUUUAAGAUUACAAGGCACAUGUUCCCUUUUCUUAGGCCAUGAAUUUGAAUACAGUUCCUAAAGACCUCUUGUGCUUAGGUUGCAAACUUGGAUCUCCAGUCUAGUCGUGUGUGACUACUGAUAUACCACUAGCCCAGCUUAUUGGGUCUCCCUGUGUUUUGGAGGACUGGGGGUUUAAGACUAUCAAAUGUCAUUUUUAGAAUCAUAAAUACAGAUAGAUUAAGGAUUGUUGAUAUUCAGGCCUUCAGAAUUUAAGUGUUUUAAGUAUAGUGUUCAGAUUGUAAUGGGUAUGUUUUUGCCAUCUGGUCUACUCAAUUGUAUAUUUUUAUUUUGCAAAACAUCCCAAGACUUACUUUAUGUUGCUUUGUUCAGUACCUUUUGAAUUCCCCGGAGGAGUUAUUUUCAAAGCAAACAUUCCGAAAUGAAUGUGGCUCUUCAGUGGAAGGUCUCCAUUCUGCCUGGAGUAUUUCUUCCCUGGUUGUAAUUCUGAAUUACAGGGUCAGGGUCAUUUGAGCUUUUAUUUAUUUAUUUUUUUCCAGUAUCUUUACAAGAGUAAGCACUGUGUCCUCAGGUAGAGGACAUAUAAUUUUAGGUCAAACUAAAUGACAAUUUGACUUUAUUCCUAAACCUACCUAUUGUGUAUUUGGUAGUAGAUCAAACCAAGAGAAAGCUCCUUGGUCUCAAAAAGGAAUGACUUGAUUGCUUUGGGUAUUGUGCUGACUGCACGCUUUGGCCACUCUGAAGCAUGUUAAUAAAUGCCACUGAUUAAAACAGCUGAAGCAUUUCCUCCCCCUUUCCAGGUAAGGAGCAAGGUUAUGAAACCUUGGCAUCUAUCACUCACCUGUAAUGACCACAAAAGGGCUGAGCGAGAACAGAAGAGGGUGAGAGAACCAAUGAGCUCAGGCUUUCUAGAAUAGUGCUGUUCUUCUUGUUCUCUGAGUAAACAGAGUAAUGUUUGUCUUUUUUUUUUUUUUCCUGAAGAAAGAAAUAUAAGGGGGGAAUAUACUUGUAUAUUUAGACUGGUCCUAUUCUGUCAUUAAGGCAGCACAGACCUGCCACAUAGCAGAGCAACUGAAUAUAAUAUGGAAUAAGUUUGACUAGAUCAAAUUUUAGGAUAUAGCCUAAGUUCUUGAAAAAUUUAUCUUUCUAUUAUAUCUAAAUCAGAAUCUGUCUUACUGUGGCAAAUUCAUAUCACUGUUUACCAGAUAAUUGACAGUAUUUACCAACAUCACCAUUUAGCAUUUGAUUUUGUCAUCUUUAAAUUAUGAUAGCCUUGAUUUGGCUCCUUACAAAAAAGUACAGGAUUAAACUGGACUUACCUUUAGUUGAAAUAAAGGCAAAGAAAGUUAAAAAACAUAAAUGGUAUAUUUCACAAGAAAUCAGUUGCAUAUUAUCAAUCAGACAUUUAGUUUUAAAAGCGAAGAAGACUGUUAUUAAACCACACGGUAUUUUAGGGCAUUGAAGGGAUUUUUCUUUCUCUGAAGAAGAAUUGUACAGUUAUAUUUUUGUGAAAAAUAAAACAUCUUCACCAGCGAUA